AUGCUGGGAAUGAUUUUACGCGGUGUCUUUCUCAUCGGUAUACUCACUUGGUAUAGCACCAGCGUAUGGAAAAUGAUCGACGGUUACUUCAGGGAUCAGUUCCGAAGCUAUCUAGAGGAAGAAUACAAGAAGAAUCCGCGAAUGAAGACCGACGUGCAGGGUAACUUGGCCGAUAAAACGAUUCCCGUGGUUACCACGCCGCAGCCGGAAACGACAGUGGCUCCACAACGGGAAAUCGAGGAAGCCAACCACGUAGACACGUGUGCGGUCGAAGUUGCAGAAAACGAUUCUGCGCUCGUGAACGAGAAUGUGACAGGUGGCACUAGUGAAAACGAGACCGCGGUGGGAUUCAUCGAUAAAAAUGCAUUCUUGGGAACCGCCACGGAAGCGCUAGUGGAAAGUAGGAAGUGGUCCGAGAACGAACAAGAAUCUCGACAACUUAUUAAUUACAAGGACCGUGACCUCAAACAGCUGGAGAAUCGCGAUGAUCAUCAAUCAGUCUCCCAGAUGUCUGAGAGCCCGCGAAAGAGAAUUAAAUAUGAUAGGAAACCGACCAUUCCUAGGAACAUUCCGAAAAAACGAAAGGUGAAGACGAUCAUAUUAACUGAGAAGGACUUCAAAUCGGUCAGAAAGAAUCGUCGUGUUUCGGACGACGAUUUUUGGGAAUUCGAUGAAGAUGCGGAUAAGAAGGAAUCGGUGGAAGGCAUUCUGGUAUCCGAAUUACCAUUUAAACCCAGACUUGAUAUAAGAGAUUUGGAAAGGGUAACUGCUGACGAAUAUUGUCCCUUGACUUUGGAGGAUGAAACGUCUUGCGACGAAACAUUUAAAUGGCCUUGACGAGUUAUAUACGUUAUUGGAAUGACUCAUGGUAACGCACGUAGGUUGAUUUAAAAGUAUAUUAUUAAAGAAGACUGUGACCUUCAAUAUGAAAUAUAUGCGUACUCGAUAACUAAACAAGAUAGACAUGUACAACAAAGUUAUUUCAAUAAAUGUAAUAAAAUGAAAUGUAUUUUUACUGCGUAUAGCUAUUACGCACGGGCAACGAUUAUGUGUUUUAUAUUCACGGUUGAUACAAAAAUGUUAAAACUUUAAAUAAAUCUGAUUUUUAACUUUUAUA